GUGGCUCAGUUCUGGACGCACCGCCGUGUGGUGCAAAAGUGAAAGCGAUUUCAACUAAAGUUCUUCAAGGCGAAAAGAUGCGCUACGCGUGUCAAGCUCAGCUGCUGCUGCUGAUAGCAGCCAUUGGCGUGACAAGAGCUGGCGUCAGCUCAAACUACGAUCGGCAGGCCAAGACGUUCAUCGAUCAGUCGAGCGAACGCUACUUCAAGCUGUACAAUCAGAUCGCCUCGGAGACGUACUCGGCGAACAAUGAGGAGGAUUUCGAGGCGCUCUUCUCGAAGCUGACCAAUGUGAAGCGCAUUGCCGACGAGCUGGUGGGCAUUUCGCGGGAGGCGAGCGGCUUCGAUCUGAGCAAAGUUCAGGAUGGGGAGCUGAAGCUGGCACUGCAGGAGCUGCGCAAGGUGGGCGAUCUGUUUGUGCUGGGCGAGGAUUAUUUCUCGUCGGUGCAAAUGAAUCUGGCAGCAUUGCAAAAAAUGUCCACGGACAAGGACAUCGAGCCAUAUCUGGGCGGCGCCAAGAUGCCCAACGAGGACGACAGCCCGUUGGCCUACUAUCCGGACAUACAGAAGAUUGUACAGCGCAGCAGCGACGUGGACGAGCUGAAGUACUAUUGGGAGACAUGGCGCGACAAGAACCAGAUCUGGGCCUCUGUCAACUUCUACACCAUUGUGCAAUCGUACCAGAAGGCCGCCAAGAUACUGGAGAUACCCGUGCAUCAGCUCUGGUAUCGUUACGACAGCCAAGAGAUGCUGCAGCAAAUGGAACAGGCCAUGGCCGAACUGAGGCCCGCCUAUCAGCAGCUGCACGCGUUUGUGCGCCACGAGCUGCACAAGAAAUACGGCAAUGAGGUAGUCAGCGCGAACGGACCCAUACCGGAUCACCUGUUCCAGCAGGUGCUCGAGCAGGCUUGGGAGGAGGGCAGCAUCAUUGAAGCCUACUUUCCGCGCAAGGAUCUGCCCCAGUACGAUGACUUCGUCCAGCAGCUGAGCGCCAAGGCGCUCAUCAACGAGUCCGAGAGCUUCUAUACCUCGCUGGGUUUUCCGCCGCUCAGCGCCGAGUUCCACAAGAAUCAGCUGAAGGAACCCAACGAGGACAGACCCGACGAUGACUGCCGGCCCGCGCUCUUCGAUCUAACGCCCCAUGUCUAUAUGAUGUACUGCGAGAAGGUCAGCUUCAGGAAGCUGAUGCAGUACCACGCCCACAUGGCGCGCGUCUACUAUGCCGAACAGAAGAAGCAGCUGCCAUCGUAUUACUUCAAGGCCUACAACCUGGAGUAUCCCGUGGGCGAGGCUGUCGUGCUAUCCGCCUCCUCGCCCACACAUCUGACGGGGCGUGGCCUGGCCAAAAACGUGCAAUUCACUGAGCAGACACUGAUGAAUCGACUCUUUAGAAUGGGCAUUCACACAGUUCUGAACAUACCGCUGUACUAUGUGCACACCAAGGUGAUGCACGAUCUGUUGAACGGUACAGUGGACAUGGACACAGUCAACAGGCACUAUUGGCGCCUCUUGGAGCAGCAUGCGGGUAUUGAGCCACCCACGGAUCGCACGGAGGGAGCCAUAGACUUUCCCUACAAGUUUUAUGUGAACAUUGAGCAGAAUUAUCAAACCAAAAAAUUCAUUUCGGAAAUUCUGGGCUAUCAAUUUUAUCGUGCGCUGUGCCAUCAGGCAAAUCAUCGCGGUCUGCUGCACAAUUGUGAUUUCUAUGGCAAUUUCGCUGUGGGCAACAGCCUCAAGGCUAUGAUGUCGCUGGGCUCAACGAAACCUUGGCGUGAGGUAGUUGGCAAAGUUUUGCCCAAAAAUACAGGACUCAGCAGUUUGGCGCUCCUGGAAUAUUAUCAGCCCAUCGUGGACUGGCUGAAGACGCACAAUAAGCAGACCAAAGUUAAGAUUGGCUGGAAUUCUACACAAAAAAAGGUCGUUUAAGUGCGCUGUUUAUGUUAUUUGCUUGUUAAACUCAAUAAAAAUGUUUACUAAAUA